AAUGUUUUCCUAUGUGUCCAUGUACACAUAGUCGUUUACAGGCGUUUACAGGCAGUUGAGUUAUACAGUCGUUUUUUUGAAUGCACCAAACUUGUGUUCAGGAGUAGAUUUUAUCAGUGUUUCAAACGCCAAAAGCAUGUAAACGUGGCUAAAUGCGGCUAACAGCGUUUAUAAGCGUUUGCAAUUUUUUUUAACUCUUCCAUUUCCAGAUGCUGUCCAGAGCCUUUUUUCAUCAUGAAAAAUGCAUUCAAAGCGUUUUCCCGGUACUCAAAGGGACCUGGCACAUCAUACUUUGAGGUUUUGAAUGAGAGAAAAUAUGUUAGACA